GGGAUAGCCGGCGCGGGCGCACCUGUGUAUUUAAAACGUUUAUAGUGGUUUUAAGUGAACUAAAUUCUUUAACGUGGAUGGUUUAUAAGUAUGUUGGUUUGAAAUAUUGUUACGUUCGGAAGACUGCAAGUGUUUUUCUUGUAUGAGGUCAUUACCAAGGUUUUGCAAACAGUAAAUCACAUUCUCGAAGCAUUGAGAAGAUGUAGAUUUUCAAAAAUGAGGAAGAGAGGCGGAUUUUAAAUAAUUCAAGUUUGCAGUUAGGAUGAUAUUGAGUUAGAUGUUCAAAAUGUCGACGAGUAAUGAACUGAGUGAAGUGGAGUCGCCGAAGCUUCGGAUGAAGCCGGCUGUCAACAGGAUAUUCUGCUGCAGCGUCACGGCUGCCUCGGGGUUCAUAGCGGCAUAUGCUUUGGUGGCGUACGCAAUAGCUCUGAUAUACGAGAUAGUGUGGGUGGUGGAGUCGCAGAGCGGGCUGCCGAUACCUUCCAUACUGCUCAUGGUGUGCUACUUCAUAGUCAUAGCAGCCACGGUCACGCUCGUGCAUGGACUUAUAUCUAAAAAUAACAAGUUCCUUCUGGCUUGGCUGAUAGCGGUGAUCCUCGUUCUAAUACCAGAAUGCGCUCUAGUCUUCUACAUGUCUAUCAGCCAUUGGGGUCUCCAAGGAGUUUAUGGUGGUGCUGAACUGGCAUGCUAUGUGGCGCGACUACCGGCGAUCGUAUGCGGAGUUGUUCUCGUUCAGUCAGCCUACGCACUCAGGGAGGCCAGGAAGUCCGGGUAUGGCGGCCCGGGCGCGGUAAGCGGCAGCGAGUUCGACGCGAGCCACUACGUGCCUGACGCGCCCAGCGCGUUCACCAACGACGGCUUCCUAGCAGAUAAUGGUAAAUCUGGCUCAAUGCCAGAUUUGCGCCGUCACCUGGCUACUCGACAGUCCAUGAACCUGGGCUACCCACCGCACAUGCUGCCGCAGCCGCCGCCAGCUUACUGGCAACACCUCGCAGACAGACAGUACGCCGCCAGCCUCCGAGGAUACCCUAAAUCCUUCCCCGCACCACAAAUGUACGGGACAUGGGUCGGCCCAAGAUCCGGGCCUUAUGACAACCCCUACAAACGCAGACAUUCGAUAGUAGGGGCGUUCUCUACAGACGAAUACCCAGCAAAGAACUACGAUUACGAAGACAGAAUGGAUUGUAAAAGCGAAAUGGCUUACCCCUACUACAGACCGUAUCCUUACGAUCCCAGAAUGUAUCCGCCUGAUUACGAUCCGAGGUUUUAUCCGGAUUAUAAACGAGAAGAGGCGGCGUAUGGUGUCAAUUUGCUGAGACACGAGCCGUACCACUUCAGCGGGUCGAGAGAAAGAGUGUUUUACAGCCUCAGAAACAGUCACAAUUCAGUUGGUAACGAAUCUGAUGAUUUAACAAAAUAUAAGGACGUAGCGUUGUAAAUAACUUAGUGAAUUGAAAAUGAAAUCAAUUUGUAUGUUCUCAGUAAUUAUUAACUAAGAUGUAGUUGAAUGAAAA